AAUAACAACUAUUUCUAACAUUGCUGAUAUCGGGAUUAUUAUCUUUGCCAAUGAUGAUACUCAAUUGACAAAGUAUAUAAUAAAUGUUUUGCAAAGGAAAGGGGCUCAAAAUAUAAGAAUUUGCUAUCCCGAAAAUUCAAUUCAACAUGCGGAUUUAGACAUUGGGAUUAAAAAAGUUCCUAUCAACUGGAAUAACUUCGAAUGGAGUAUUGAAAAUGCGAUUGUUGUUGUCAGUAUGUUAUAUAACGAUUUUGAUAAGCAAGAAACUUUAUUAAAUGCUUGCAUCAGACAAGAAGUUGCACUGUUUAUCAGCUGGGAUAGCGGAAUGGAAUUAACUAGAUUGCAUAAACGCUUGAUCGAUUAUCAAGCUAUGAAAAAUAAUAAUCCCGAAUCUAUGAAUUGGAUUUUAUUUCAAGUAGGGAUUUUUGAUGAAGAAAUUCUUAAAAACGAUAUUUCUACUAUUACAACUGCUUUCAAUAGUCCAAGUCAAUACAUUUUUUUGAAUGUAACUGUUAAAGAAGACUUAGCAAUGCUAGUCGCUGAAACCAUCACAUCAGAAAAAGUUCUUCCAAAUAGAAAUUAUGUCAUUGGUGAUUUUGUAGCGCACACUUUUCUACAACACGCCUACCAAGUUGCUAAUAAUGGUAUGCAAUUAGAUUCUAACAUGCCAGCCGACAUCUCGGAAUUUGAGACAACAAAUCAAUUGCGUUUAUCUGGAAUUGUUUCAGCCAGGCCGCUUCCUAGAAUACUUUACCCAGGAU